CACAUAAUAUAAAUAUAUAUAAAAACGGCUACAUAAUAUCGAGAACCAAACAGACAAAGCAAGCGUUUGCCACGAUUUUGCUAUUUUACAACCUAAAAUGGAGCAGAAAGAUGAAAAGAAGACAAUUGAAAUAUUCACGGAGGCGCUUUUCAAGUUCUCAAUCAAUAGUCUACAUAAAUAUGAGUUUAACAAUUCGAAAGACAAUUUUGCCUUUAGUCCAUAUAACUUAUAUAAAGGACUAUUAUUGGCUUAUCUUACGUCCAGUGGUGUUAUCGAAGAAAACUUAAAAGAAAUCCUUUUUUUAACGGAAGUCUCGGAAAAAUGUGACUUGAUAGGUACUGUUAAUUUUGAUAAAAGCUUUGAAACGGAGAUGACCGCAGAGAAAAAUGCAUCUGCAUUUGCGGCUGAAUGCGAUUACGAGAGCAAAAGUAUGUGUUUUAUUGAAAAAAGUAAGCUUUCCGAAGACCCUUCAAAGAUAAACAAAAUUUUUAACGGUGGAUUCGUAAACUUGGACGACGAUACUAACGCAAAUAUAAAUCGAAUCAAUGAUGAAAUACAAUGUCAGACAAAGAACUUUCAUAAUCCGCAGAAAUUAGGCGCGCUCAAUGGAAAUAUGGAUAUUGCUUUGAUGACCGUACUCCGUUUAAGCAAGCAAAAAUAUCUUUCAAUCGGCUAUCAAUCUGAUGCAUCAAGUGCAUCGACUAAACCUGAUAAACGGAUGUUUAAAUGCAGUUUCCAUAAGAAAUUACAAAUGCUUGUAAGCGAGUUUCCCUACAAGAAUGGAAAUACAUCGCUGUUUGUGUUAGCACCCUGUAUCUUCGACACAGACGACAAGUGGAAAGUGACCCCUAACCACGUUGCCCUUUCCAAUAUGAUCGAUGUAUUGUCGACCAAAAAGGAAUGCUCAAAUUGCGCAAAAUAUUGGAUCAUCAGACUUCAUUAGGUAGUGUUAACAAUUUUUCAUAUUGGCCGGUCUUCAGAUUGGAGAAAAAUUUCAAUAUACGCCAGCUGCUGCAAACGAUAGACUGUCAACGAUUAUUGACGUCCGACGCCGUCAAUCUGGACAAUUCCUUCGCAAAAGAUGGACACAAAGUGCACUUUGGCAACGUCGUGCACCAUAUUCACGUCACGGUCACAAAAAAAUCCACCGUCGCGGGCGCGAUGACUGUGAUCACCGGACUAAGCUCCGUUCGGAACUUGAAUGUAGUAGUCGACGUGCAAUCCAAAUAUCCGUUUGUCUGGUUGAUAUAUGACAAACAACAUCGAAACAUUCUUUUUAUCGGCGUUUGCAAUGAAUUCAAAUUUAGAAAUUUGAAUUCAAAUUUAGAAAUUUAGAAUCAAAUUCUGUUAAGAUUUCGGUGCCAUAAAUCAAUCAUUAAUAGCAUAAAAAUGUACAUUCGCUUGAUAUUAAAUUAAGUUAUUGUUAUAAUGGCAUAAAAAUUUACAAUCGUUUGAUAUUAAAUUAAGUUACAUUUAUGAAUUUUCGAAAAAUUGAGACAAAAAGAAAACAUCGUAUCGCUUAAAGUAUUUCGGAAAUAUGAUUUGUUUGAGUAUAGUCAUUAAUUUAUUCUUACAUUUUUUAUUUUAUUCUUGAAUAUUAUUGUUUUACAAUUACUUCGUUUUAUUACGGUCGUUAUUACUGUCGUUUUUUUUACUCAUCAAAAGGACAUAUUAUAUUAGA